AUGUCUCUCAAAUCAAAAUACCUCAUCCUCUACAACUCCCUCAGCGCCCUCCUCUGGCUCCGAAUCCUCGUCACCGUCCUAUCCACCCCCUCCCCUCCCUCACUCUACUCCACUCUCGAACCCUGGACAAGAUGGACCCAAACCCUGGCUGUCCUUGAGAUUCUCCACGCAGCCACUGGAAUCACCCGUUCUGCCGUCUUCACUACUUUUACUCAAAUCUUUACGCGCUGCGUUCAGGUUUGGGCCGUCUGCUAUGGUUUCCCCAAUGUUGCGGCCGAGGGGCCCAUGUAUCGCUCGAUGCUGCUGGCCUGGUCCACGGCGGAUGUAGUACGCUAUUUGUAUUUUGUCGUCAUGUUGGUUGGAGUGCAGGUGCCGUCUUUGUUGAAGUGGAUGAGGUACACCCUCUUCUUCGUCCUCUAUCCCAUUGGCAUCGGUGGCGAAUGGUGGAUGAUGUUCAAGGCUGCAGAGUCGACGAGUAAUUCGACUGCAGAGGGCAUCUUUUAUUUCUGUCUGGGUUUAUAUGUCCCUGGUGCUGUCAUGAUGUAUUCCUACAUGGUGAAACAGCGAAAGAAGACACUCUCCAAAGCAUAG